AUAAAGGACAGAAGCAAUGGAAAUGUUGCUAUAGACUCCUACCACCGUUACAAGGAAGAUAUAGGUUUGAUGAAAGACCUGGGUGUUGACGCCUACAGGUUUUCCAUCUCUUGGUCGAGAAUCCUGCCUGAUGGAAAGAUAAGUGGAGGAGUUAACCAAGAAGGCAUCCAAUAUUACAACAAUGUCAUUAACGAGCUCAUGUCCAAAGGCAUAGAGCCUUACGUGACAAUCUUCCACUGGGAUUUUCCUCAAAGCCUAGAAGACCAGUAUGGUGGCUUUCUUAGCCCUCUCGUUGUCGAGGACUUUAGAGAAUAUGCUGAUAUUUGCUUUAAGUCAUUUGGAGACCGAGUGAAGAAUUGGAUCACAUUCAACGAGCCAUGGACAUAUUGUCAUCGAGGUUAUGCCGCAGGGAUAUUUGCACCUGGUCGUUGCUCUCCGUGGGAGGCUGGAAAUUGCAGUGCUGGUGACUCUGGUCGAGAGCCUUAUAUUGUUGCUCAUCACCUGAUUCUAGCCCAUGCUUCUGCUGUUAAGCUAUACAGAGACAAGUAUCUGGAGACACAGAAGGGUAAGGUAGGGAUAACGCUAAACACGAACUGGUUCUUGCCCUAUUCGAAUGCCAAAUCUAACCGAGAUGCAGUUGAUCGAGCUUUGGAUUUCAUGUUUGGAUGGUUCAUGGAUCCCUUGACUCAAGGUGACUAUCCUUUCAACAUGCGUGCACUUGUUGGGGACCGUUUACCAAAAUUCACACAAGAGCAAUCUGAAAUGAUAAGAGGAUCCUUUGACUUCCUUGGACUAAAUUAUUAUACAACAAACUAUGCUAACAGUAUUUCCUUAUUGGCCAAUGUUAAUGUCAGUUAUGAUGGCGAUCGACACGCAUUUCAGACAGGUGAGCACCAAGGUAUACUGGUUGGUCCUAAGGCUGCUUCAGACUGGCUCUUCAUCUACCCUCCAGGAAUUAGGCGACUCUUGCUCUAUAUAAAGAACAAGUACAACAAUCCAAAUAUUUACAUUACAGAAAAUGGAGUGGAUGAGGCAAACAAUGCAAUGUCUCCACUAGAACAAAACUUGAAGGACGACAUGAGAGUAGACUACUAUAGACAACACUUGUCAUUUGUCCGAAGAGCUAUAAGGGAGGGAGUGAAUGUCAAAGGGUAUUUCGCAUGGUCAAUGUUUGAUAACUUUGAAUGGAUUGAUGGCUACACAGUUCGGUUUGGACUUUACUAUGUUGAUUACAAGACAAUGACUAGAUAUCCGAAGAGCUCUGCUCUUUGGUUACAUGAGUUUCUUAAAAAGUGAUCAGAUAUCACCUAGUAAAUGUGAAAGUGGACGUUUUACUCUUUUGGUUACUGAUAAAGAAAGUGAAUAAAAGGCAAACAAAGUGUAAGAUCUGUCAGUAACAAGUGAUAUUUGAAGUUGCGCUGCGAUUUAGCCAA